AUGAGUAUUCCAGUCUUUAUAGAUUUAGCUGUUCCCGAGCAGACUGCUGAGUUACGGGCUCAUUUAAAAUCACUUGGGGCAGACAUCAAAGAAGAAAAUCAUGGUGACCUGAGGCAGGACUUAAAAGAAAUUGUACAAUGUUCACCACUUUGUUUCAAAGAAUCUGUAGAUGCAGAAGUGGAGAUGGCCUUCAAUGGGAUUGUGUCCCUCAUUAUGUUGGUUCCAGUCAAUGAAGCUGACGAAAUAAUUUCUAUUUUUGCUGAAAUAGUUUCCAAAGCCCCACCGGGAGACAAAAGGGGUCAUCUAAGGCUUCGCUUGUUGACAAAUGUUUUCAAUGGUUUAGACGAGAACUGUCCUCUUCGCUAUACAAUAUAUUAUAGCAUGUUGCGCCUUGGCAAACAAGCAGAUUUGUUGCAAAUGGUACCAACUGACCUCAAUAAGGUAAAAGCUUGGAUUGCCAUGUGGAAUCUCCCUGUACAAAAAACGCAAAAUCUUUUACGUAUGCUUCACGAUGCAGUGUUGGAAGCCAAAAUGAGUGAGGCUGCCACAAAAGUGAUGAUAGAAUUACUUGGAACUUAUACAGAGGAUAAUGCUUCUCAGGCCCGAGAAGAUGCCCACAGAUGCAUUGUUACUUGCUUAGCAGAUCCAGGCACUUUUCUCAUGGACCAUCUCCUAACACUGAAACCUGUUAAAUUUUUGGAAGGAGAACUUAUCCAUGAUUUGCUGACAAUAUUUGUUACAGAAAAACUUGCAAAAUAUGAAGCCUUUUAUGCAAAAAAUGUAGACUUUAUUAACUCUAUUGGUCUCUCCCAUGAAAACAAUAUUCGAAAAAUGAGGCUCUUAACUUUCAUGCAAAUGUGUGAGAAUAAACGAGAACUGGAUUUCAUUACAAUCCAGCAAGAAUUGCAACUUGACAGUGAAAAAGUUGAGGAAUUUAUUAUUGAAGUCCUUAAGACCAAAGCAGUGCGUGCCAAAAUUGACCAGAUGCAGAAGAAAGUUCUCAUUAGUUCGACCAUUCACCGAACAUUUGGUCGUUCGCAGUGGCAGACCCUUCGUCAGUGCCUGGUCCAAUGGCAGGCCAACUUAGAAGCUGUGGGAAACAACUUACAAUCUUUGGUCUUAAUGCAAAAAUCACCACCUGUACAAUAA